AUGGCAACAGAUGACAAUGCGUCGACCGAUAGCCCAAGUCAGGAAUCGCAAGUACCGCCAAACGACUCGACCGAUUCGAAGCCACACACUGGACAGGCGACUACAGCAGUGACGACUGUCGAUAUCCAGACGCUAUCCUUCCCCGAUGGAUCACGGGGCACAUUCCAAACACCAGGACCAGGGUCUGUCUCGACGCCAGUGUCUGGCGGCUAUGCUUCUCCUGGCUACAAGGCGAGCCAGUCGGGUGGCGAGGGAGAUGAUGGAGCAAGCGUCAUGAGCUUUGCGCCGACGAUGCGACCGACUGGCGACAUUGCGAGCCUAUUUGUCGGUGACCUGAGCAAGCGCAGUACUGCGUGGAACAUGCUGCGCUGGCAGGCACCCACUGUUCGACCGUUUGAAACGAGCUGCUACCGAAAUGGCGACACGUUGGCUGAGUUCGAGGGAGAGUUCGAUCUUAUACCGACCGAAGCAACAGACGACGUUGACGAUGCUUCGCGAGUGUCCAUGUGGAAAGCAAAGCGCAAGCACUACAUGAUUCUCUCGUCAGCUGGGAAGCCCAUUUGGAGCCGACACGGUGACUUGAUGCUCAUCAACUCUUCGAUCGGAGUGAUGCAGACUAUCAUCUCCUUCUAUGAGAGCGCCAGGAGCCCAUUGUUAGGAUUUACGGCCGGCGACGCCAGAUUCGUGGUGCUAACCCGCGGCCCGCUGUACUUUGUGGCUGUCAGUAAACUUGGCGAGAGCGACUCGCAGCUACGCGCGCAACUCGAUGCGCUUUAUAUGCAAAUCCUUUCCACACUCACCCUGCCAACCCUAAAGAGGAUUUUUGUUCAUCGACCAUCAUCUGAUCUGAGCAAGCCACUCCAAGGCACCGAAAUGCUGCUCUCCUCACUUGCGGACACAUUUACGAGAGGCUCACCGACGACAUUACUGGGGUCGCUCGAGUGCCUCAAGAUCCGCAAAUCGCAGCGUCACUCUAUCAAUAAUACGUUUCUGAAACUCCGCUCGGACAAACUUUUAUAUGGCCUCAUUAUUGCUGGCGGGAAACUCGUCAGCGUUAUUCGCCCGCGACGACACUCGCUACAUCCGAGCGAUCUACAGCUCAUAUUUAACAUGCUAUUCGAGUCGGACGGCAUUAAAGGCGGAGGUGGCGAAAACUGGGUGCCCCUGUGCCUCCCUGCCUUUAACAACGAGGGCUACUUGUACAUGUAUGUGAGCUUCUUCGAAGACGAUAAUCAGGCAAUACGAAAAGGAUCAGAAGAGGGCGACGCGCAGGCAACCCCUGCCAACCAGCGAAUUGCCAUGGUGCUAAUUAGCACCGACAAGGAGAGCUUCUUUGGCCUCAAGAAGAUGCGCGACGACGUGGCGCAGCAGCUGGCGAAAAACGGAAGCCUGGCCGUGAUCCGGAGCGCCGUGCGGGUUGGGCGACCGCAUAUUGCCCAAAUCGUGCCGGGGAACCCAAUGAGCCAUUUCCUAUACAAGUCCAAAGCCAAUGUGCAAUUCUGCAUGGCCGCGCUGGAGCCGCCAUUUGACGCCAUCGCCGAGCGCCGUCGGCUUAUGAGCCUGUACCACGAGAUGCACGCUGCUGUGCACGCCAAACACGCGCACCUCAAAAUUCUGCACAACACGAGCGAAGAUUCCACGUCACUCGCGUGGGUCACCCCCGUCUUCGAGCUCUACUGCGUGGGAGGACCAAACAUGUCGCGCGCGACCAUGGGCCAGGGAGCCAACAAGAUUAUUCAGUGGGCCAAGAAGGAAGAGCAGCGGCUCUUUAUCAUCGGAGGCGGUGUCUUUUGA